AUGUCCUGCAGGGAAGGAUACGUAGAGUGCUCCUCGAGCUCUAUGGUUAAUAGGGUUUCCUCGGUUUCCUUAGAGGCAGAUGUGAAUUGUUCUGGACGGGGUUCAUCAUCUGGGGCCAUUACUAGUUCCACGUCAGAUGCGGAUUGUACUGGACGGGAUUCGCCAUCGGAGAAUAUUACUAGUUCCACUAAUGCAAAGACAGUCAAAGUUUCCAGCUUUUACUGUGAUCCUGUUAUUGGAAAGCGCAAGCCUUCAAAACGGGACCCUUACGGCGAGUACCUCCCCUCAAAAGCAAAGAAGGGUCGUCACCACACCGCCUUGACUUCGAAUAAGCGAAAACUUAUAGAAGUGAUUAAUGCUGGUCCUUCUCACAAAAGAAUCAGACUAGAGGAACAGUAUCGAGCGGAAACACAGGGCCAAAACCCUAUUCCGUUCACCUUUACUUGUCCUCCGAUUAUGCCUAACACAGUUUACUGUGCGGCGCCAUCCAAAGUAACGGCUUCCGAUGAGAUGGUUAUACCUCUCAUUCCAAAAGGCUUAACUACUUCUGGGCGAAUUGGCAAGUUCUGUGUGGUCUCUGAGGAAGAGGACUCCGACUCACAAGAGCCAGAGGAUUCUCUCUUUGAACACUCAGGACGCGUUCCGAACAUUGGGUCACCAAGUGUGCAGUCGAUAGGGUCGGAUUCUGUUCAAGUAAUUAGUUCAGACUCUGAUUGCUCCAAAUCGGCCGGAUCAAGCUAUAUUCCAUUUGGCAGUUCUUCUAAGGAACCAUCAAGUUCCAAUCACAGUAAUGUUGAUGAUGAACAAUUCAUGUCCGCAAGUGCCUCAGAGUCUUCGGCACCAAGUAUGCAGGCACCAGCUUUGGGUCACCACAUACACAUUAACACUGUCAACGUAAAGUCUAACAGUAGACAGGUCACACCUGUCGAUCAACAGGAGAAGUUACCUAUGAACCUUCUUCCUUUCACCAACCCGGUCACAAAUGUACGGAUUACUCCAGAAGCAACUCGUACAUACAACUGGCUGAGGGAGUGUGACAUUACUUUUGGGAAGGGAUCUAACCAGAUUAAAGCAAAGAACUUGCUUAAAGACGCUGUUUUAUUUGGGGUUCACAAUGUGACUUCGGAUAUUACUCCCGUUGAUAUCUGGACAUUUCUCAAAGCCCGCCUUGAUAUUGCUCAGACUGAAAACGUCCGCGCAGUGCUGAAAGUGCGUCAGCCCUUUCAUAGACUUAGGUAUAAUGUCUGGGUUUCCCCAGACUUGGCCAACGGUCUGGCACCAUUAUUAGAACUUACCUACGAAGAUAGGAAGUCACAAACGUGCACCUUGAUGUCCCGCAAGACUCGAGCAUUUUGGGUUGAGGGACUGGAGAGACGCAGUUGCACCUAG